AUGCGCUCCCUCAAACGCAACUCCCACCGUCUCCGGGCGAUACGCCCACCAACCUCCCUCCCAGCUCCUCCCAGAAUCUUUUCCGCACCAAUAUCAACCCACCCCUCGGCCUCCAACGACGUGACAAGCAUCACACCCAUCAAGUCCCUCCUCAUCGCCAACCGCGGCGAAAUCGCCCUCCGCAUCGCCCGCACCGCCUCUUCCAUGGGCAUCCGCACCACAACCCUCUACACCGACAUCGACGCCUCCUCCCAGCACGCCAAGUGCACUCCCAACUCCCUUGCCUUGGGGCCAAACACAAAGGGCUACCUCAACGGGCCGCAGAUUAUCGAAUUGGCCAAGAAGCACGGCAUCGAGGCUCUUCACCCUGGUUACGGCUUCCUAAGUGAGAACCCCACUUUUGCCCAGGCGUGUGAGGAUGCGGGGAUAGUGUUUGUUGGGCCGCCGCCAAAGGCCAUGUUGGAUAUGGGUGAUAAGGCGAGGAGUAAGAUCAUCAUGAAUGCAGCUGGUGUGCCUUGUGUUCCGGGGUAUCAUGGGCCGGAACAGAGCGUAGAGGAGCUGAGGGGACACGCGAGGGAGAUUGGGUACCCGGUGCUGUUGAAGAGUGUCAAGGGUGGUGGUGGAAAGGGCAUGAGAAUUGUCCUCAAGGAUGAGGAGUUUGAGGCGCAGAUUGCCAGUGCUAGGCAGGAGGCGAGGGCGAGUUUUGGCGACGGUGGGGAGGUGAUGCUUGUGGAGAAGUAUGUCGUGAGGCCGAGGCAUGUGGAGGUGCAGGUGUUUGCGGAUAGGUAUGGGAACUGCGUGGCGCUGGGCGAGAGAGAUUGCAGUGUGCAGAGGAGACAUCAGAAGAUUUUGGAGGAGAGCCCGGCGCCGGUGUUGGAUGAUGCGACGAGGCAUGAUUUGUGGGAUAAGGCGAGGAAGGCGGCGUUGGCGGUGGACUAUGUUGGGGCGGGAACGGUUGAGUUUAUUCUCGACAAAGAUACUGGGAAGUUUUAUUUCAUGGAGAUGAACACGAGGUUGCAGGUCGAGCACCCUGUCAGUGAGAUGGUCACCGGCACAGAUCUCGUCGAGUGGCAGUUCCGGGUUGCUGCUGGCGAGAGACUCCCCUUGACCCAGGACGAGAUCGAGGCGCGGAUCCAUGAGCGUGGUGCGGCUAUCGAGGCCCGUAUCUACGCCGAGAACCCCGACAAGGGCUUCUUCCCCGACUCCGGCAAGCUGGUUCACCUGAUUACGCCCAAGGUCAGCGAGGAUAUCAGAAUCGAUGCUGGUUUCGUCGAGGGUGACACCGUUUCCGAGGCAUACGACGGUAUGAUUGCCAAGCUGAUUGUCCGCGGCCGCGAUCGAGAGACUGCCAUCCGCAAGCUCGAGCUUGCUUUGCAGGAAUACGAAGUCGUCGGUCUGAGCACAAACAUUGAGUUUCUCAAGCGUCUCUGCCGAAGCCAGGCAUUUGUGGAAGGUGACGUCGAGACAGGCUUCAUCGAGAAGUGGAAAGACGAACUCUUUGAGCGGAAACACGUCUCAGACGAGGUCUUCGCCCAGACCGCUCUCGGCCUGUUUACCUCCCAAACCAAAAAGACAACAUCAGGACCUCACGGUGAGACCCUUGGGUUCGGCGAAGCUGCCACUCAAGGGUCGAGGAAAUUCGCCUUCCAGGUCAAGCGAGACGACGCAGCUGCCGAAACCUCAGAUGAGGCUCCUGAAGUUGUCCAAGUGGAAGUUACCCAGCGGGGCCACUCCCUUUACAACGUUUCUGUUUCCAGAAGCACAGACGCCUCAACCGCUUCGCCAGUUGUCUACGAGAAUAUCAUCUCCGAACCCGGGUCGGCGGUGGCUGCUUCGCACAAGUCACAACUGACAACCUUCUUCCCUCGGGCUCGUGUCGAAACAACACUUGUUCAGGACCCCGGCGCCCCGGAGAAGUUGGCCGUCUUCCAGCUCGGUGAAAAGACGGAGCUUACUCUUGUGCAGCCGGGAUGGUUUGAGAAGGCGCUUGGUCUGAAGGAGGCUGCCGCGAGCGUGGUGGCACCUAUGCCUUGCAAGAUUUUGAGGAACGAGGUCUCGGAAGGACAAGAGGUUGAGAAGGGUGCUCCGUUGGUUGUCAUCGAGUCCAUGAAGAUGGAGACUGUUAUUCGAUCACCACAGAAGGGCACAGUCAAGAAGCUGGCGCAUAAGGAAGGCGAUAUCUGCAAGGCCGGUACAGUACUUGUGCUCUUUGAAGAUCCAGAUGCCACACCGGCUGCUGGCUCAGAAUAA